UAAGAUCCGCCCAGAACUUUGACCGAACGUUUGGCAAUUGUCCCCAACUUCCGUGUUUUCUGGAAGCAGUUUGCAUGGAAAGGAAAAGCGUUCGGAUAGGAGUCUUUCAGUAUCGCAGUCUGUCUUUGGGGUUUCAUACUUCGUUCCAACCUCCUCCUAGAGUGGGAACCCUCGCCAAGAGCUCGCCAUGCCGGGGACUCAUCUGCUUGUGCUCGUCCUCACUUUUCUUGGAAUAUCUGCCUGCUUGGGCUUCCACAUUCCUCCUCCUCUGGUAGAAAAUAUAUGUGUACAAAAUGAUCUGGUGUGGAACUUCACAGCAGCUGAUGAAUGGUUUUUGCUACCUGAUACUGACAGUAAAAAUUGUGAUGAUCACUGUAAGGUUGAAUUUUACAACUCAGAAUUGGUUGAAGUCUACAACAUUUCAUUCAAACUGAAAGUUUCCACAUGCGAUGCUCAAAGUGAGACUGACUGGGUUGAACUGGGAAUUCCUACAUGUUUGGGAGCAUUAGGACCUCCAUCUGAUCCGAGAACAUUUGUGAAAAACCUUUGUCAAUUCACUUGGAAAUGGGGCCCACCUGCUAAUGAUAGUCAAUGUGAUGUGGAGUAUUUGAGAGAAUUUAAAGUUGGGAGUGAAGACUGGCAGUUCAGAGAGACAGGUCAUAAAUUUCCUCGUUUUAAAUUGCUGAAUCAGAAUAACAAUACCGCUCUCAGAGUUAAAGCAACACAGUUUUCUCAGUUCAGUCAAGAAAUGGAUUGGGUCCAAUUCAACCUUCAGCCAUCAGAUGUAACUCUACCAAACUGUAGACCAUAUGUUUCCCUGAAACAACAGUGCAGUUCUGACUGGAAAAAGAAACUUGAUACUGCUGGCUAUCCAACCUGCAAUUUCACAUUUAAGAUGCAAGUUAAGUCUGGUGAUACUGAAAACUGGAUGGAUUAUGAUUCAAAGUUGUAUACACUACAACCAUCGAUCCAUAAAAAUGGAACAUCACUUAGAGUGAAAGCCAUACUGAACUGCAAUGUUAGUCGAGAGAGUGACUGGGCAGAAACUAAAUUUCCAUCAAAAGGUGAACCUUCAUUUAAGAAUGUCGAAUGUAUUAAGUAUAGUCCAGGAUAUAUGAACUGCACCUGGGAAGCUGACAACACUUUGUCGCCAAAAAUAAAAUAUGGAUUAAAGUACUGGCAUAAAGAACUGACCAGCAUCCAAAACUGUUCACAUCCUAUCACUACUGGAGAUGUAGUCACUGGAUGUCAUUUAGAUAAAGGCGAAAUGGAGGACGUUGAUGAAAUGUGCUUGGAGGUCUUUGGUGAAGAUUCAAAAGUAAAUCCUGCCUUCCAAAUAUUACAAAUAAUUGAAAUAGCAAAACCCAGUACACCAUCUCUUUUUAUUCAGUGGAAUGAAACAGAACGAUUACUUUCACUGAGCUACCGGUCAGAGCCAACUGACAUCUCUGAGAUGUGUUUAGAAUAUCAAGUGGGUUAUAAAGACAGCAAGUCAAACACAUGGAGGACAUAUGAUGAUUUGUGGACUGAAACCAUCUUUCCAGUGCCUAGCUUCGACUCCAGCUUAAAAUACACUUUCAGAGUUCGAGCGAGGUACAGUAACACAUGCAGAGACAAAAAAGCACAGUGGAGUGACUGGAGCGAGGAAGCUGAAUUUGGAAAUUUAAAAUAAAGUACGUAGAUCAAUUUUUGGAAGAACCAAUUACCUUACAAAGAUCAGAGGCUGGCAGGGAAGAAAACUCAAACAUGCAUCAGGAUUCAAUUGCAUUUCAGUAAAUCAGGAAGUGACGACUUACACAACAAGAAAAGGAGGAAUAUACUGAAGAACAUUGUACAACAGACCUUUGGGUGACCCAGGAUGUAUGUAAUUCUAUAAUAAGAGCUGCAAGAGAGGGGCAUGAGUAUCAGAGUAUGUGAUGGAAUGUAUAAAAGUUUAAUUAGUUUGUAAUUGUGAAAGAUGUGAAACUGUGUAUUACUGGCUGUCCUGGGAAAAAGUUCAAUAAUUUAUUUUAUAGGCUUUUAGACUAUCAAUGAACUGUCAAGAAACAAGGAGAUGGAUGGAAUAACUUGUUGGAUAUGUUUUUAUGUGCCAACUAUAUUCUUAGUGGCAAUUUAAACAGCCCAAAUAUUGAUUUAAAAAGACUGCAGUAAAUAAGACUUAAAAAACAUGGUUUUAAUAGUUCUCCAGUUAUCAGUUACUUUGUAUAAGCUAGUCCAACCUGAAAGAGAAAUAUUCAGGAUGUUAUUUUAUCAUCCCCUACAAUCAAGGUCUCAUUAAUAGUGAACAGAAGAGAGACCAAUAAUUCAGAUAUAUGGUAGUGAGGUGUAAUCCUGAAUGUAUCUUCAAUGGAAAAUUAAUUGUGUAUAUAUGGAUAAAGGAAACUAUUAUCAAACUGAUUACAAGUCCAUCAAAAAUGUUAUAAAAACAUUGGGACCAUAAGAAGGAAGUUUGUACAUGUCCAAGAUGUGUGGAAUUUAUUUUAUAAUAUAAUGGAGUCUUUGAUUAAAGAUUUUGUUCUGACUAAAAGAAAAUAUAUAGGCUAUAGAAAAGUUUUCCUCCAUGUGUCUCGCACCCAUUUCUUCCAUUAUAACAACAAAAGUGGAGAAGGUUGAGGUGGGAGGUGGUUACAAGACCUUAGUGAAAAUGUAUAAUUUGUCUAAAUUUAAAGUAAAUAAAUGGCACCUUGGCAUCCUAAACU